CAAAAAGGAAAUUAACAAAAAUCAACUUUUUUUUUUACAGGUGAGGAACAAAACAUGACAGAAACAGAUGCCUUCUAUAGAAGUGAAAUGUUGGAUCCGGAAGAAAAGUACAAAAUGGACCACAAGAAGAGAGGAAUUGCCUUAAUCUUCAAUAACGAGAGGUUCUUCUGGCACUUAAGACUGCCCGAGAGGCGGGGCACCAAUGCAGACAGAGACAAUCUAAAGCGCAGGUUUUUAGAUCUAGGAUUUGAAGUGAAAUGCUUUAAUGAUCUUAAAGCAGAAGAAUUACUGCUCAGAAUUCAUGAGGCGUCAAUCUCUAGCCAUGUUGAUGCCGAUUGCUUUUUGUGUGUCUUCCUGAGUCAUGGUGAAGGCAAUCACAUUUACGCAUACGACGCCAAAAUUGAAAUUCAGACACUGACCGGCUUGUUCAAAGGAGACAAGUGUCAGAGCCUGGUUGGAAAACCCAAGAUAUUUAUCAUUCAGGCGUGUCGGGGAAACCAGCACGAUGUGCCAGUCAUUCCUUUGGAUGUAGUGGAUCAUAAGACAGCCAAGCCGGAUGCCAAUGUCACCGAGGUGGAUGCGGCCUCAGUUUACACACUGCCUGCUGGAGCAGACUUCCUCAUGUGUUACUCUGUUGCAGAAGGUUAUUACUCUCAUCGGGAAACUGUGAAUGGCUCGUGGUACAUUCAAGAUUUGUGUGAGCUGCUCAGAAACUUCGGCUCCUCCUUAGAGUUCACAGAGCUCCUCACACUGGUGAACAGGAAAGUUUCCCAGCGCCGAGUGGCCUUCUGCCAAGACAGGAGUGCCAUUGGAAAGAAGCAGGUCCCUUGCUUUGCCUCCAUGCUGACUAAAAAGCUGUACUUCUCUCCAAAAUAUAAAUGACAGGGCUGGUUUAUGUAUUUGUAUGCAAAAUGGAUUUCCCUUCUUUUUAUAUAAUUAUCACUAGAUUGAAGCUUAUGGUACAGCGAUUUAAAAUGUUUUAAGGUUGAAUGAGAACCUUUAAAUAGUUCAUAUUGGACACAGUGAAGGGGUUUGAUAGAUGUAGAAAUGAAAUCCUCAGAGAAUUACUAUAAAUAAAAAUCCCCAAGCAUUUGUAGUACUCGAUUUUUAUAAGUUGUAAGGUUAUUCAAAAUAUCUGGUUGGUUUAACUUGUAUUUGAUGAAUAUUUUUAAUAAAAGUUUAUAAUGUUUUUAAAACUCAAGAAUUAGUUGUUUUCCCUUCACGUAUUUGAAAUUCAUGUUUUACCAAAUUUUUCUAAUUAGCAUUUUUAUUCAUUUAUGUAAUUUUAGACUUGUUUUUAGUUGGUCAUAUAAAUUCAUCUACAAAUGAAUUAUCCCUUUUUGUAUAGGACUUUAACUCUCACUUAAGUGACCCUUUAAGAACUAUUAUAUGGCAUUCUGAGGAAGAAAUAUAGAACAGUCAAUUCUUAGUCACUAUAGGCUAAACAUUUGCAAAAUUAGAUCCUUUCAAUAUCUUCCAUGUUAAGUUGCUAUACAUUGUCCAGCAGUCAUCAUUCCCACUCAUAGACCAUUGUGUUAAUGGGACAGAUGUUACUUUUAAGGUUCAGUUCUUACUAAUAUGAUAUACAAAAUUUGAGUUAUACUGUUUUGUUAAUAACCUGCCAGAGGCUGAAGAUGGUUACAUGUUUGGGCUUUUGGUAACUGAACUUGUGAGUUCCUAUUUCAAAAGCAAUAGUUUGCAUAUAUUAUUUCAGCUGCAGUUCAAAAAGCAUGCCAACUAUGUGCUGCGGUUGAUGGGAUAUUCAUAACCUUGUUUUGUGGUCAUGAUAAGGGGCUUCACUGUCAGUUGGACGUUUUACUUCCUUUAAUUCCUUACCACAGGUGUUGCCAUUCCCGUGCCUCUCUUUUCAAGAGCUAAUGACUACAAAACGCUCCUCUGUUCACCUGAUGAACAUUGGCUGGCCUUCUAGGCAAAGAUUAUUCAAUUCUGGUUAUCUAAGAGAAAUAAGCUUGGUGUUAUUAAAAAGCUCUAAAACAAAACAAACAAAACACAGUUUUUUCCUUGAAUGUGACCAAAGGGUUUAUUUGAAUACAUCUUUUUGUUCAGAUGCAGUGACAUUGGCACCUACAUACCUGGACAUCAAAUUGCCAUCAAAUCUGAGGCUGUGGAAGCAAUGGGGAUACAACUGAAUCCUGUAUGAAACAGUUGUCUCAGAAUAAAACAAUCCUUUUGUAAUAAAAUUAACAU